GUCGCGACGAGUGCAUAAUUCACACUCCGCUCAUUCCGACUAUUUUGUGGUAAAAAUUCACGAUGUAUCCCGGCGGCGGACAACCGAUUUUAGUUCUCAAUCAAAAUACGAAGCGAGAAAGCGGACGAAAAGUUCAGCUUGGCAACGUAACGGCAGCCAAGACAAUUGCGGAUGUUAUACGAACAUGUCUGGGACCAAGGGCAAUGAUGAAGAUGUUAAUGGAUCCCAUGGGUGGUAUUGUAAUGACUAAUGAUGGUAACGCUAUACUCAGAGAGAUCACUGUCCAGCACCCAGCUGCCAAGUCAAUGAUUGAGAUCAGCCGCACUCAGGAUGAAGAGGUUGGAGACGGGACCACAUCAGUUAUUAUCUUGGCUGGGGAAAUGAUGGCAGUGUCUGAGACGUUCCUGGAGCAAGAAAUGCACCCCACAGUCAUCAUUGGAGCCUACAGGCAAGCAAUGGAUGACAUGCUAGAGAUCAUGAAAGACUCAUUUAGCAAAAAAGUCGAUGUUAACAACCAAGAUGAAAUGAUUAAGAUCAUUCAAAGCUGCGUUGGAACAAAGUUCAUCAGCAAGUGGGGUACCCUAGCUUGUGACAUUGCUUACGAUGCCGUCACCAAGGUGGCACUGGAAGAGAACGGACGGAAGGAGAUUGACAUCAAACGAUAUGCCAAGGUGGAGAAGGUUCCUGGUGGCACUAUCGAGGAUUCCCGCGUCUUGGACGGUGUGAUGUUCAACAAGGACGUGACCCACCCCCGCAUGCGUCGGCGCAUCGAGAAUCCUCGCAUCAUGCUCCUGGACUGCUCGCUGGAAUACAAGAAGGGAGAGAGUCAAACAAGCCUGGAGAUCACCAAGGAGGAGGACUUCACCCGCAUCUUGCAGCUGGAAGAGGAGUUCAUCCAGCGCAUCUGUGGUGAGGUCAUCGCCCUCAAGCCGGACCUGGUCAUCACGGAGAAGGGUAUAUCAGACCUUGCCCAACACUACCUGGCGAAGGCCAAUAUCACAGCCAUACGACGACUACGAAAGUCAGACAACAAUAGAGUGGCAAGAGCUUGCGGGGCAACCAUCGUCAACCGUACUGACGAACUCAGGGAGGAAGAUAUAGGCAAUGGAGCUGGUCUUUUUGAGGUGGAGAAGAUCGGAGAUGAAUAUUUUACCUUCAUCACCAAGUGUAAGAACCCCAAAGCCUGCACCAUUUUGUUGAGGGGUGCCAGCAAGGACAUCUUGAAUGAGGUGGAGAGGAAUCUUCAAGAUGCCAUGAAUUCAGCCCGCAACAUCAUGAUGGAGCCUCUGCUGGUACCCGGCGGGGGAGCCAUUGAAAUGGCCCUCUCUCAUGCCUUGACUGAGAAGGCUAAGGGCAUAACGGGCGUCCAGCAGUGGCCGUAUCGCGCUGUGGCCUCCGCCCUGGAGGUCAUUCCACGGACUCUCAUACAGAACUGUGGUGGGAGCACUAUACGCACGCUGACAGCUCUCAGGGCUAAACACGUUGAGUCCAGCAACUUUACCUGGGGAAUCGAUGGUGAGAAGGGAACUAUUGUGAACAUGGAGGAAAAGGGAGUCUGGGAUCCAUAUGCAGUCAAGGCGCAGACAUACAAGACUGCUAUCGAGACUGCUAUGUUAUUGCUUCGCAUCGAUGACAUUGUGUCUGGAACCAAAAAAGCUUCUGGGGGUGAGGGAGCAGGCAUGGCCGCUCCAACGACAGGGGCAGCGGGCGUAGAAGGAAUGGAGUAAUCCCAUAAUGCACUAGACCCCCUCCCCACCAGCCUACUGCACACUGUGUUACCAGCAUAAUUUGAACCUGUAACUCCAUACAUGGUGCAGUUAUGUCGUCUUGCUUACUCCGUGCACAUUACACAUUAUGUAAUGAAUUUGUCAAGAAUUCUUAAUUCUCAUCUGUCAAGUGCUAUGCUUAGGUUAUUAACCUGUAGUUCUUUCUUGAAUGUCCAAAUGUGAUUCCAUGUAACAAACGGAGUCACUAGUCGCCACAGCAACUUUUGAGUGAAGGGCCUUCAAGAGAAUCUUGCGCUGUGUAUAUCAAGGGGAACCCUCAACAUCUUCAUGCAGAUAUUGUCUUUUUUUUCCUCAGGAUGCUGAUAUCGGUGGUGUUCUCUUUCUCAUACGACUUAAAAAAAGAAUGACCAAACAUCCGGCCUUAAGACUCAUUUUGCAGGAUCUGGUCACCAAUAGUGUUAUCUUACAAAGCUGCACACAAACUAAUACGGGCAUUUCACAAUAGUGCACUUCCAAGAGUUUGCAAGGCGUUGGCCAAUCGCAGUGUGCGAAAUCUGUC